AUUAUAGGGUUUUAAUUUCAUAAUUUGAUGUUGUUACUUUGAAAUUAAGCUAUAGCGUCAUCUCAUUUUGCCUAUUUUCUUGUAAUUUUUCGUUUUAUUUCAUUCUUGUAUUUUUCGGAUUUUUUUUUGCUCUAUUUUUCAGUUAUAUCUCAGAUUUUAUGAUUUCAAUUUGAUAAUUUGAUGUUGUUACUUUGAAAUUAAGCUAUGAAAAAUGUCAUUCUCAUUUUGCCUUAUUUAUUUUCAUCUUAUGUUUUUUUUUCUCUUGCAUCAUUUCUCUCUAUACAUUUUGAAAUUCUUGUGUGUUUGGUGUGAAAUACAGUUGUUAUUGAUGCUGGAAUAAGUGGGAGGAUUUUGAUGAAUUGGUCUGACUUUUGCAAUUGAGAAUUGUUUGGUUUUGUACAUCAUAUUUCAAUGGAGGAAGUUGGAAGAAAAAAUUCUGUCCGUACGUUUGGAAGUCGUAUGUCUCCAUCCGGACUUCACUCUAUGAUUGAAAGUAUGAGUUCUGAACAAAGACAAGCGGUAAAAGAUAUCGGGUUCGGUGUUUUUCUUGAGUUGGGCUUUGGGGCUCUAAACAAUAAGCUAAGUCUUUGGCUUAUUGAGAACUUUGACCCAUAUAGUCGUACAUUAUAUGUACGAGAUGGGAAGAUCACGAUAGAUCGAGAAGAUGUUCAAGUGACUCUUGGCCUUCCUAUGGGUCCUAAGGUUGUGAAGGAAGCAAUGAAGGAUGAUGACAAUGACGAAUUCCGUAUUCUUUUCGAACAAUGGAGGAGUAUAUGGGGUUUGGAGAAAGGAUGCCCUAAAACUACAAAAAUGCCGGAGAGGAUUCUUACUUUGGGGGCCGGAGAUGAUUUCAAGAGAAGUUUUGUUGUUUUUGUUGUUUCCUCGUGUUUGCAUGGGCAGAAGAAUCAAUCUUGCACUUACAAGAUUUUGUUUUCACUCAUGGACACAAGUGAAAUAAGUCUUUCUUUUCCUUGA